CAGAAAAGGGAAUUAAACGCAGGGUAGGGAUCUUCUUAUUAGACUACAAAACUAGGUAUCUCAUGUAUGGAGUAUAAAAUACCAAAAAUGCACAGCAUCGAGAAAUUAUAAAAUUCAUACACAUAUUUAUAUGUACGUAUGUGUACGUAUAAGAGAAAUUACAGUUCACAGACCAAAAACGAGGCUCACACGGAGCAACACGACCCCAUUUACACACAGUGUUAUCUACACCGGCUCCCACGCCUGAAAGGCAUAUCUGUCUCCGGUUGGUGGAUGACAGGAUUGCAUCUUCCACGUCGUCGAGGGACCUGUGAAGUCUAGUCGCGCUGCCAUCCGUCCGGAUUUUCUUGGAAACUUUGUUUGCGUUUGUUGUUCUGCGAAGCAAUAGAAAAUGGGGAGGAGAGGGAUGGAUUUUCGGAGGCCGGUGAGGAGGAGAAUUUCCAGUGCGGUGUGGUGGACACUGUGUGGGAUUGCGGUUUUGGUCUUCAUAGUGAUUUUGAGUAAAGAAGGUCAAAUUGAAUCCAGACCUGCUAUGGCCAAGAGAUCUUACCGGCAUGACAGAGUUAUGGAAGGACUAAACAUCACUGAUGAAAUGUUGAGCCCUAAUUCAGUCACUCGGCAAAUUAGUGACCAAAUUGCUCUUGCAAAGGCUUUUGUUGUGAUUGCAAAAGAAAGCAACAAUCUUCAAUUUGCUUGGGAGCUAAGUGCGCAGAUCCGCAACUCUCAAGUCCUUCUUUCAAGUGCUGCAACAAGACGUGCUCCUUUAACAGUGAUAGAAUCAGAGACUGCAAUUCGUGAUAUGGCACUUUUGCUUUACCAAGCCCAGCAAUUCCAUUAUGACAGUGCCACCAUGAUUAUGAGACUCAAAGCCAAAAUACAAACACUUGAAGAACAGAUGAGUUCUGUGAGUGAGAAAAGUUCAAAGUAUGGACAAAUUGCUGCGGAAGAAGUUCCAAAAAGUCUGUACUGUCUUGGAGUUCGGUUAACAACUGAAUGGUUUGGAAGUCUAAGUUUCCAAAGAAAAGUAAAUGAAAGAGGUCAAAUAGAAUCAAAACUUGAGGAUAACAGCCUCUACCAUUUUUGUGUAUUUUCUGAUAACAUACUUGCAACUUCAGUUGUGGUUAAUUCAACCGCUUUAAAUUCCAAAGAUCCAGAGAAGGUUGUUUUUCAUCUUGUAACUGAUGAAAUAAACUAUGCUGCAAUGAAGGCCUGGUUUGCUGUAAACAGCUUCCGAGGAGUGACUGUUGAGGUUCAGAAGUUUGAAGACUUCAAAUGGCUGAAUGCUUCAUAUGUUCCAGUUCUUAAGCAGCUCCAGGAUUCUGAAACUCAGAGCUACUACUUCUCUGGAAAUAGUGAUGAUGGGCGGACUCCAAUCAAGUUCCGGAAUCCUAAGUAUCUCUCAAUGCUUAAUCAUCUGAGGUUUUAUAUUCCUGAAGUUUUCCCUGCAUUGAAGAAGGUUGUAUUUCUUGAUGAUGAUGUGGUGGUUCAAAAGGAUCUAUCUGCUCUCUUUACGAUUGAUUUGAAUGGAAAUGUUAAUGGAGCUGUUGAGACAUGCAUGGAGACAUUUCACAGAUACCACAAAUACUUGAAUUACUCCCACCCUCUCAUAAGAACGCACUUUGACCCUGAUGCAUGUGGCUGGGCAUUUGGGAUGAAUGUUUUUGAUUUGGUUGAAUGGAGGAAGAGGAAUGUGACUGGCAUAUAUCACUACUGGCAAGAAAGGAAUGUUGAUCAUACACUCUGGAAACUUGGGACUCUACCACCUGGACUGUUGACGUUCUAUGGUCUAACAGAACCAUUAGAACAGGUGUGGCAUGUCUUGGGUUUGGGCUAUACAAAUGUUGAUCUUCAGCUGAUAGAGAAAGGGGCAGUGCUUCACUUCAAUGGGAACUCGAAGCCAUGGUUGAAGAUUGGUAUAGAAAAGUACAAACCUCUGUGGGAGAAGUAUGUUGAUUAUUCUCACCCACUUUUGCAACAGUGUAAUUUUCAUUAAUCUUUGGCCAGAGAUAAGAGGUAAACUUUUCCACAACAAACACUCUGCUUGAAGAUCUAAACUUAGCAUCAAGAAUGCUUGUAAAAUUUUUGCAUUCAAGCAUAACUUAUCGCCGUAACAUGUUAUUCCAUUGAGUUCAACUAGCUUGUUGUAGUAUAAUCUCAGUUCUUCAAAUAUUGUUAGCGGACCAAGUACUUCUUGCUCUAUGUUUCUAGACUUUUAGAAACUUCAUACAUUGUUGCACUUGAUGAACAUAAGAGCUUCCAAAUUUUGGAUGAAAAUUUUCUGAUAGUCA